UGAAAACGGACGUGCCUUGAAACUUAAGUAUAUAUGACGAAUGCAAAAUGGCAGUGUGACGUCUAGCAAAAUUCGAAAGAGCUAAAGGAUUUUUGAUCGCACGUUGGCAUAGCGACUACACAUCACUUCGAAUAUUUUUUUUUACUUCUCAAAUUCUCAAGCACAGCUUAUUAAUAAGCUAUCAACCUUUAGGUUCAGUUCGACAUAAUCAUGGCCUAUUUUCGUUUCUUAAGGGCAUAAGCUAUAUGAUGUUUCAACCUGCUAUUGGAUAUACCAGGCGUGUUCGUAGACGUAUCUAUCGGCUUUGCUAGACGACAAACGUAAUAGAUGGUUACAGUGGCAGGUGGGACAGAUGUACAAGGACCAGUAGUAGAGAUCUGAGUGAGAAGGACUGCGGCUACUAUCGGAAUACUUAAGCAAUCUCAAACAGUCUAUUUGUGCGGAAAUCAACAAGCCAGGAGGAACAAGGAUUGAAGUGAAUCGUAGUCGCACUGUCGAAACGAGCAAGUUAAGCUAAACUAUUCUCGUUGCAUUGGGCUUGCCUUUGAAGUUACGCUAUUCCACAUAUCCUCAGAAUGCCUAUCUCAGUAUAUAUUCCACGUGCUCGGCAUCUCCCGCGCUACGGGUUGUUGGAUAAUCCCUACGAAAAUAAUAGGGCACUUGUUCAGCACGAGCCCUUAGUGCAGGUGGACUUCGAAUUGUUUGGCGAUGUUGAAGGGUUUAACUUCCGAGCGUAUGCAAAGGAUAAGGCCCUUCAGCUCGGUGUAGCAGGGUGGAUGAAGUGCUCCCGUUGCCAUACGAUCGUCGGCCAGCUUCAGGGCGACAAGGACCGGGUAAACGAUAUGACAAAAUGGCUUGCUGCACAAAGUGCACCUGGAUCAAAGGUUCGUCGCAUGGAGCUGCGGCAUUGGCAAAUUAUUGACGGCAUGACGAUGCGGGACUUUUCACUGCGCUUCUGAACACUGCCACGGUUCUAUAUAUCAUACACCCUCAUUGUGGGGAAACACGUAAUUUGAUUAUAAUGUUUCAGCAGAUAAAAUCCUAAUGUUACCCGAUGAAAUGGGGAUGGAUCUGUAAAAAAUCCUGUAACACCGAUUUCUCACACCAAUUUGUUACAAUUCCUUAGUUGAAUAAAAAAUACCGGUUGUUGCCUAGGAUUUGACAGGCCAGUCGGAUACUGUUGUCUAUACACGAAGAACAAUAUUUGUGCACAUAAGAACCUGAUGUUAAUAAGAAUAUGCCGUAUGUAGUUGUACUGGAGGUGCAACCUGCUUAUUAAGAAUGGUCAGCUGUGUAUUAAUGGAGAAUAAAUGUAGGAGUUGCUUAUGAUCGUG